AUGUCCUUAAGAAUGCUAGCACGCCUCGAUCUCUUGAUGGAACCGCUGCGGAUCAGCAGCGCGAUCUGCUCUGCUGGAAGCUUGCUGUUGGAGUUUAUUUCCUUGAGUACUCCUUACUGGGUACUGCAAAGCACCAAAAAAGGUCUGGUACACAGUGGCCUCUGGACUAUCUGCAUAGGUCCAGAUUGUACCAUGUAUUGGUUCAAUCUACUCGCCAUACAUAUCCACUUCACCCGAGCCUUCAUGGUGAUUGCGUGUUUCUGCAGCUUCUUUUCUCUGUUGUGUGUCUGCAUCUCAUUUGAACGUGACCUGCUAUUCAACAUAUCCGUGCUGAGAGCCGCUGUCACCUUCAGCCUCGUGGCAGCUCUCUUAAUCUUGCUUGGUAUGGCGAUAUUUACAUACGUGCAAAGGCACUCGCAACCUUACACGAAUUAUUCACUUGCAUUUGGUUCGUCCUAUGCCUUGGGCUGGGCUUCCGUUCCUAUGCACCUCAUUACAGAGAAUGGAGGAGUCAAGAGCAGGCGAGAGGAUCUGAGUCUUACAUGUCUUUGCAGUGAAGAGGAUUUGGGAUUGCCAAAUAUGUAG